AUGGCAAAAUCCAUCAAUAUUUUUUCUUUCUUAAUCUUUUUUUCUCUUGCCCUAUACAGUCCAGCAACAUGUUCCAGAAGCAACCAAACAGACUUACUGUCAUUAUUGGCCUUCAAAGAAGCCGUUGAUGUCGAUCCAAACGGAGCUCUGAACUCGUGGAAUCAAACUACAAACUUCUGCACGUGGAACGGAAUCACAUGCGGUCGUAAGCUUCCGAACCGAGUUGUUGCCAUAAACUUGGAUUCUCAAGGCUUGAUUGGUUCACUCUCAUCUCAUGUAGGUAAUCUCUCAUUCCUUAGACGAAUCGAUAUCCGAAACAAUAGCUUCAACGGCCGAAUUCCUCAGGAAAUUGGUCUUCUAAGACGACUCGAGUAUCUAGAGGUUAGCAACAAUUCUUUCCUAGGAACAAUACCCAAGAAUAUUUCCCAAUGUAGAAAUCUAAUAUAUAUGAACUUGAUCGACAACAAUCUCUCCGGGCCCAUACCUCCGGAGCUUCAAUUUCUGGAGAAACUAAGCGAUCUAGGGUUGGCCAAGAACAAAAUUUCAGGACUAAUCCCACAAUUUAUUGGAAACCUAACAUCUCUAAGACGACUUAGUUUAAGGUCUUGCGACUUGAAUGGAGAAAUUCCGGAAUCUUUGGCCCAACUUCGGAGACUAAGGUUUCUUAUUUUGGGAGACAACAAUCUCACAGGCACCAUUCCUCCGAGUCUCUUCAAUAUAUCUACUAUCGAGUAUUUUAAUGUUGAUAUUAAUAGUCUUUAUGGUUCAAUACCCUCUAAUAUAGGCCUCACUCUACCUAAUUUGAGGUUUCUGAGUUUGGGGAUGAAUCAAUUUAGUGGGAGUCUUCCGAUUUCCCUCUCGAAUGCGUCUUUACUUGAAAACAUCGUGUUAUCUUUGAACCAUUUUAGUGGUCCCAUGCCAAUGUUUGAAAGCCUAUCGCGGCUUAUUACCUUAUACGCCGGGGAAACCUUAAUUGAAGAUGAUAUCAGUUUCAUUUCAUCACUCACUAACUGCACGCAACUACGAAUUCUUGACCUUUCAAGCCCAUUUAUUAAUGGUACGAUUCCCGAAAGCAUCGGAAAUCUCUCUGUUUAUCUUGAGUACAUGGGAAUCGGGGGUACUCAAGUACGUGGAAAUAUUCCAUCGGGUAUCGAAAACCUUGUCGGUCUCACUUCCUUGUAUCUUUCAAAUAGUUACUUUGAGGGUUCGAUUCCUCCGGGCAUUGGGAAACUUUUUAAUCUGAAUAUUCUAAACUUGGCGGAAAAUAGAUUUACCGGUGAGUUACCAUCUUUAUUUGGAAACUUGAGUUUGAUUAAUAAAUUAAACUUGCGCGGAAACAAUUUUUCGGGGGCGAUCCCUAAGAGUCUUGGUAACUGCACUAACAUGCUACAACUAGAUCUUUCCGAAAACAACUUCAAUGGCCCGAUACCUCCAGAGAUUCUUAUUUCCACCAUUUCUAUUUCAUUGUAUCUAUCUUACAAUGCAUUCACGGGUUCGAUUCCAGUUGAAGUUGGGUCUUUGAGAAAUCUAGCGAGAUUAGAUUUCUCAAACAAUAGAUUGUCUGGACUUAUUCCCGACUCUUUAGGAAAGUGCGUUAGCUUGGAAGAACUUCACCUCGAGGGCAAUUUACUUGAAGGACACAUACCUCAAGGCCUAAGUUCAUUGAUGGGAUUAACAAAUUUGGAUCUUUCACGAAAUAAUUUGUCCGGGACAAUCCCGAGUUUCCUUGAUUUGCUACAACUCCAACAAUUGAAUUUAUCUUUCAAUAGCUUCCAAGGACAAGUUCCGACGACCGGAGUGUUUAAAAAUAAGACCGCAAUUUCCCUGCAAGGGAACAAUGAAUUGUGUGGAGGAAUUCUUGAGUUGGACCUUCGUCCGUGCACUUCAUCAUCGGUUUCCGCGAAGAAGAAAAUCUUACCUACUCUCGUAAAAAUUGUGAUCCCAAUAGCUGGAGUUGCAGCACUACUAUGCCUCGUCGUUUUUCUCUACAAGAGAAGAACACCGAAAAAAAAUACAUCUUCUCCGCCAUCUUUGAAUAGAGUUCCUUUCUUGAGGCUUUCAUAUUCCGAUCUACUUAAAGCAACGGGCGGAUUCGCCGAAACUAGCCUAGUCGGUGUCGGAAGUUUUGGUUCUGUUUACAAAGGCAUUCUCGACGACGGGAUGAAAACUAUCGCCGUGAAAGUGCUGAAUCUUGUGGUGAGAGGGGCCUCUAAGAGCUUCAUGGCGGAGUGCAAUGCGUUAAGAGACAUAAGACACAGAAAUCUCGUGAAAAUAUUGAGUGUUUGUGAAACCAUAGACUUCCAAGGAAACGACUUCAAAGCGAUCAUCUACGAGUUCAAAACUAACGGGAGUUUAGAUAAAUGGUUGUACUACAACCGUGAACAAGAACAAGAAUCGGACGCACAGCUUAGAAACCUCGACAUGGCUGAGAGGCUCAACAUUGCCUUCGAUGUUGCUCAAGCGCUCGAAUAUCUCCAUUCGGGUACCGAGUCAACAAUUGUUCACGGCGAUCUGAAGCCGAGUAAUGUUCUUUUGGAUCAAGAUAUGGUGGCUUGUGUCGGUGAUUUCGGUCUAGCGAAAAUUAUUUCAAGCAUACUUCCAACGCAAGAAAGCAGUAACACAAUCGGAAUCAAGGGUACCUUCGGUUACGUUCCACCAGAGUAUGGCAUGAGUAACUCGAUCUCGACUAAAGGGGAUGUGUAUAGCUACGGUAUUCUUGUUUUGGAGAUGUUCACGAAUAAAAGACCAACCGAUGAUUUGUUUAACGAACAUGUCAAUCUCCACAAUUUCGUUAAUGCGGCGUUUCCUGAUCGUAUAAUGGAAAUUGUGGAUCCUCACAUUGGAAGAGGCUCGGACGAGAAUAAUAGUAAGAUCGAGAAAUGUGUGUCUUCUAUUAUGAGAAUCGGGUUGUCGUGUUCGAAAGAAUUGCCGAGCGAUAGGAUGUCCAUGAAAGAUGUUGUUAAGGAAUUGCAUAAGAUUAAAAAAGAACUAUCUAGCUAGUUGAAGAACAGAGUUGGGAUUCCCUUUUCUUGUGUUUCUUUUUUUUUUUUUUUUUUUGGUUUUGUUAUUUGUACUUCAUAUUGUACAAGUUUAAAAGUUUGAUUAUAAAACUUGUAAUGUAAUUUCUUUUGAUUUUUGAUUAUAUUGGAAAUGUUUGACUAUAUAUA